AAAAAAAAAAAAGGUGUGGCAUAGUGUAUCAGAGAUAGAACGUUAUUUUCCAAGGAAGGAAAGCUACUGGACCUCGAAAAUCGCAAGAUUGGUGCACUUUACAAAUCAGCUGCAAUCUUUUCUUUGCUUUAGUUUGAUUUCAUCAGGUCAUUUAUAUGAUCGAACAUGGCAAUAAUAGUCAAAUAUUGUCUGAACAAUUGAACAUUCCAUCACGAAAUUUUGCAUUCUCGUUCAAUAUUAUUCAUGAAGCUUUGCUUCUCGUCCCUCUGUUUUAUUCAAUCCUUUCUCUUUUUCUUCCGGUGUACAUUUGCAAGUGUAGCGCAGUGCCUGUCGGAUUUUGUUGUCUGUAAGGUUCCAUUUCAAGCAUUAGAGAUUGAGAUUCUCAAAUGUCUGGUUUGCCAAUUGCACAACCUGUCAGAGGUCCUGCUCCUAGAGGUGCAGCAAGACUAGAUCAUGGAUGCAAGAAGUAUACAAGUGGCAACAGGACAUUACUGUGCUCAAAUGGAUCGAUGGAAAGAAUCAGGGAGCAUUUGCGGAAGAUUGAACUUUCAGCUUCAUCUUAUGACAAUGCAUGGGUAGCAAUGGUCCCUUCUCCGAUGUCUCCUCAGCGUCCAUGUUUCCCACAAUGUCUGAAAUGGAUAUUAGACAAUCAACAUCCUGAUGGCUCAUGGGGACUUCAUCAUUUCCAUCCCUCUCUUAUUAAUGAUGGUCUGUCUUGCACGUUGGCAUGUAUCCUUGCACUUGAGCGAUGGAAAUCUGGUCAAGAACAUGUUAGGAGAGGUCUCAGCUUUAUCGAAAGUAACUUUUCUCGCAUUGUCGAUGAGCAAUUGCAUUCUCCUAUUGGCUUUGAUAUUAUAUUUCCUGGUAUGCUUGAAUAUGCCCUCAACAUUGGCUUAGAAAUUCCCACCGACCAAAGUGACACAAAAAACAUGCUUUGCAAGCGAGAUGCAGAACUACAAAGAGAACAAGGAAACAAUUGUGAGGGACGAAAAGCCUAUUUAGCAUAUGUUGCAGAAGGAUUGGGGAAUAUAUUGGACUGGAGAGAAAUUAUGAAAUAUCAAAGGAAAAAUGGAUCGCUAUUCAAUUCACCAUCCACAACUGCUGCUGCACUGAUGCAUAUUUAUGAUGCUAAAGCUCUCGAGUAUUUGCAUUCUCUUCUAUCGAGGUUUGGCAGUUCAGUUCCUACUUCAUAUCCGGUAGAUGUGCAUAUACAUCUUUGCAUGAUUGACAACAUUGAAAGGUUGGGAGUCGCUCGACAUUUUAGUCACGAGAUAAAGAGCAUUUUGGACAGAAUAUAUAGAUGCUGGUUGCUAAACGAUGAAGAAAUUAGUUCAGACAUGGCCACAUGUGCCAUGGCUUUUCGUCUUUUACGAAUGAAUGGAUAUGAUGUAUCCUCAGAUUGCUUUACCAAGUUCAGCGAAACUCUUUUCUCUCCUGAAAUGUCUGAAGCUCGCAUGUCCUGGGCCAAAAAUAGUAUUCUCACCACUGUUGUUGAUGACUUCUUCGACUUUGGAGGAUCCAGAGAAGAGUUUGAAAGUCUUAUUUCGUUGGUUGAGAAGUGGGAUGGAACCUGGAAAGAAGAGUCCUGCUCUGAACAAGUUAAGAUUAUUUUUUCUGCUCUGUUUAAUACAAUAAAUGAGCUCGGUAUUAGGGCAUCUGCAUUGCAGCGGCGUGGCAUCACCCACCAUUUAGUUGAAAUAUGGCUUAGUUUGAUGAAGUCCAUGAUGAAAGAGGCAGAGUGGACACUCAACAAAGAAGUUCCAUCGCUGGAUGAGUACAUGUUGAAUGGAUGUCUGUCCUUUGCUGGAGGACCAGUUUUCCUCCCAGCGCUCUAUUUUGUUGGGCCACAGCUUCCUGAAUAUGUUGUCAAUCAUCCAGAAUAUCAGAAUUUGCUCAAACUAGUAAGCACAUGUGGGCGUCUUCUUAACGACAUACGAGGUUUUCAAAGAGAAGGCAAGGAAGGAAAGUUGAACAGCGUGUCACUACGUAUUCUUCAGUCUGGUUCGGCUUCGGAAGAAGAGGUGAAGAAAGAGAUGCAAAGGGCCAUCGACGGGAGUAGGACUGAGCUCUUGAGGCUGGUGCUGCAACGAGAUGGAAGUGUCGUCCCAAGGCCUUGCAAGGAUCUCUUUUGGAAGAUGUGCAGGAUCCUGCAUGUCUUCUACAUGAAGACCGAUGGAUUUACUUCGCCAAACGAGAUGCUUGGCGCUGUGAAUUCAGUCAUUCAUGAACCACUAAAGGUCAGCCACCUGUAAUGGAAUUCAUGGGGAAUAAAUGGAGGAGCUUGAUGGUUUUUUAUCA